AGGAUAUACUGUAACUUUAAUAACUUUUGUCAGUAUAAAACCAUCAUAUCACAUGCCUCGUCUCAUGAACUCAAAACCUAUCCCAAAAAAAAGAAUAACUUAUCGUUAGUCUCUCUAUAAUAUAUACCAACAAGAGAAAUUAAAAGCCAUGGUUUACACUGAUUUUGAGCACAGUGUCUCUUUUCGCCGGGACUCAACCUCUCCGCUUACCGUCGAGCUAACGUGCACCAAUGUUCUCCGCAGAAGAAUUCAUCUCUUCACCGACGAAACAAAGACAUUCUCUCUACCCGCCGAACAAACCAUCGACCAUCACACCAGCUUUAUUCCCCUGAACGAACUCACUUCCUCUCCAGACACUCAACACAACGUCGUUUACGACAUCGUUCGUAGUCCCGACGAAACCACCGUUAUCUCCAGACAAAGCAAGAUUACAAAUAAUUACUCGCUAGGAAACGGCUGCUCCACUAUCUUGCGCGAGAUCGACAUGGCUAUUACAUCAUCAUCAUCGAGAGGCAGAGGAGUAGUUGAAUCCAAGAAAUGUAAGAUCAAGACUGAGAUUUACAAAGCCAACAAAGCUGCGGAGAAGUUGUUGAUCGAUAGCUACACCUACGGUUAUAACUCAAACGAAUCAACGACGGAGGAGAAUGAAUGCGUUAUUUGCAUGGAAGAUUACACGGAAGGAUCAAUAGUGACUAAAAAUUGCCUUGCAAUCCGAGUUUCAGUUCGGUUUGGAUCGCCACUUUUGUAUGAAAUUUUGAAUUGCUCAUCGGAUUUUUGAUUUGUAAAAUAACCAAAAAUCAGAGUAUUU